AUGAAGGAUAUGACCGCAGUGCUCCACGGAGGUCUCCUAGGUGCUGUCAUCGAGCUUUCCAUCGAGGUCCUGCUCGCAGAAGUGCACGCUACCAACGUCGUGGCCCACGCCGGGAUCGGGGGAGCGGUCCCCUCCUGCAUCACGGGCUUUUCCACCGCUCUGUUUAGCAUCGUGUGUGUGUCUCAUAUCGCAUUUUCGCAUUUUCGGUCUUUCGCGAAGACCGUGGUUUUCCAAACCAUCUGUCUGCCGAUUCUCUGCGUGCUUUGGUUCGCUACUGCCGCACUCACAGCCCUUACGGCGGAGACACUGGGCCCAGAGAGAUGUUACUCUGACGACUUAUACGUGAUAUGCGCUAAAUUGCCGUGGAUUAAGCUGUGCUCCUACGUCAACUGCAUCAUCCUCGCGGUGUACAGUGCCAUUUUGCUGGUACUCACAUUGCAUGCUGAGCAUGCGGGGCAUCCGAAUGUGUGGAUGGAAUCGACCUUGGCGCUCCCCUACUCCAAGGAUGCAUAUCUUAGCCACAGGUUCAGUGGUGACCCGAGGAAUGAGUAG